GUGGCGCUGCCCGCUCGGCCCGGCGCUCCUGGAGCUGGGAGCCGCGACCGCCGGGAGCGCACCUGCCCCGCCUCCGCCAGGCGGGCCGCGGAGCAUGCAGCGGACCGGGGGCGGGGCUCCGAGGCCGGGGCGCAACCACGGGCUCCCAGGCAGCCUCCGCCAACCCGACUCCGCCGCCCUCCUGAUGCUGCUCGUGAACGCCGAUCGGCCGGAGCCCGUGCGCAGCGGAGCGCGGGAGCUCGCGCUCUUCCUGACCCCCGAGCCUGGGGCCGAGGCGAAGGAGGUGGAGGAGACCAUCGAGGGCAUGCUCCUCAGGCUGGAAGAGUUUUGCAGCCUGGCUGACCUGAUCAGGAGUGAUACGUCACAGAUCCUGGAGGAAAACAUCCCAGUCCUUAAGGCCAAACUGACAGAAAUGCGUGGCAUCUACGCCAAAGUGGACCGGCUAGAGAAGUCGCCUGCACCAGUACCCGUGACGUAUGAGCUGCCCACACUGUACAGGACGGAGGACUAUUUUCCUGCGGACGCCAGGGAGGCACAGCACCACCCCCGCACCUGCCCUCGGCCUCUGUGAGCUUUGUGGUCUUCCCAUCAGGAAUGCUGGAAAAGUGACAUUGUGUACAUGCUGCAGCUUGGGGUUUUUUUUCUUUGUAUUGCUGUUUAUUUUAUAUUUUAAAGAGAUUUUUUUAAAUGUCGAGAUGGGCUCUCACUAUGUUAUCCAGGCUGAUCUCAAACUCCUGGGCUCAAGUGAUCCACCCGCCUUGGCCUUUCAACGUGGUGGGAUCACGGGCAGCAGCCUCCGCGCCCAGGCUGCUGCCAUUUUCAGAUUUCCUCCCUGCCUCAUGUGAGACUACAGGGUUUGGAGAAGCAGUUGGAACCCACGUGUGGUGCCUCCCACGUUGGCCUGCCUGGGGUUCUACAGGGGUUGAGGGGCCAGGCCUGGCCGGGGCUGAUGGACAGUGGGGACUUUCCUUCUCUCCAUGAUGGCUUUGCAGCGGCUCCAUGGUCCUCUCCGUGAUGGGGUUUUGCACGGGGUGCGCUCUGCCACUGUGGUGGGUGGAUAGGUGGAUGGGUGCUGGUUGUGUUGCCUCUAGACCUCGGUGCCCACAGCCUUGAGGAUCCUUCCAAUAAAGGUGUCGAGAGCA